UGAAAUAAAGUCUCCAUUUGUUUUGAAAAGGGGAGGUAAUGAUGCAGAUAACAGGUGCUGUGUGAAUCACUGAAUGUAAUCCAACAUAAACAGAACAUCAGUGCAGUUGUGUUUAAAGAUGAACAGAAAAGAACGAGCCAGACAGAGAUGGCAAAUUUUAAAAGAGGCUUUAAGUGGGAGACAAUCAUCUGAUACAUGUAAACAUUCAGUAUCUGUCAGAAGGUUUAGUGGAUAUGGAUUGUUAAAUACAACUGUACAAGAAGUGGAGGGUUUUAAAGGUGCCGUGUGGUACAGAUAUACAUGUCCUUAUCAACAGGAUUUACAAAUGAAUAUAAGACAUCUUCCUGGAACAAUAAAUGCAGACACAUUGUUAGGUUUUAACAACACUGGAAAUGUUUGUGUAUGGCCAUCAGAAGAAAUAAUGGCUUAUUAUUGCAUGAAAAAUAUAGAGCAGUUCAAAAACUGUAAUGUAUGUGAGCUUGGAGGAGGAAUGACCUGUCUUGCUGGUAUUGCUAUGUGUAUGCUAUCAGAGGCAAAUCAUAUUCUAGUUACUGAUGGAAAUGAAGAUUCUGUUUUAAAUUUAAGUAAAAUUAUUCAAGAUAAAGAAAAUAAAGUUAGUUUUAAAGUUGAAGAUUGUGAAACAAGAGUACUUAGAUGGGGAGAUGGAGAGUUAGAACAAGAUCUGACAAAUAAGUUUGACUUUGUGUUGUGUGCUGACUGUCUGUUUUUUGAAGAAGGAAGAGAGGAUCUAAUAAAAAAAGUAUUCAAUCUCUUGAAAGAUGAGGGUACAUCAUUAAUGUUUGCUCCAAAAAGAGGCACCACUUUCGACGAUUUCGUUUCUUUAGCCAAAUCAGUAUUUAAUGUAGAAGUGAUGGAAAAUUAUGAUGAUACUAUCUGGGAUUUACACUGCAAGUUAAAGACAGAUGCCAAUGGACUUUAUGAUGAGAAUAUACAUUAUCCAUUGUUUAUGAAAUUGACAAAGAAACAAUCAUGAACUACUCAAUUUUUACCAUGUGAUAUUUACAUGAUAUUUUUUUUACCACUUUACAUUCCUUCCAGUGUUUAAUGUCUAAAUAUUUUUACCACAAUAAAGGAUCAUUUACUUUA